AUGACGUCCCUCUACAGGAACGUAUUCUGGUUUGCGAAGGGCAUGAAAGAGUACAGCAGAGAUGAAGAGAAGGCGGAAAUUUUGAGGAAAACAAUCGCUGACAUAACAGAAAAUGAGUUGGUCAGCAAUAAAAAAAAAAAAUGCACCCUGUGUAGCAAUAUUCCCACUUUGUCAAAAGUUUUGUGGCAAUUGUUCCUCAGGACUGUCAGGGUAUGGCUGCGGAGAGACACUGGACAGUACUGGCCGAGCAUAUGCCUCACCAUGCCGUCUGCUGCAUCAGCAAUGGACUACAACUCUGAAACUCGAAGGUUAUUUAUUGGAAUGGACAAUGGCUCCAUAUCGGAGUUUCAAAUUUCUGAUGAUUUCAACAAGAUGACUCAUCAGAGGAAUUAUUUAGCACACCAGGGCCGGGUGAUGGGCAUAGUGUUCUCCCUCAUCGCUGAGUGGGUGCUGAGUGUGGCCAGAGACAAGCACUUCCUGUGGCACUGCUCCGAGACAGGCCGGCGACUUGGUGCCUUCCAGAGUGGGGCCUGGUGCAUGGCUCUCCAGUUUGAUGCACAGUCCAAGCAUGCAUUUGUCGGAGACUACUCUGGGCAGAUAACCAUGCUGAAGGUGGAGCAAACUGGCUAUAAGCCUGUCACUACCCUCAAGGGUCACUCUGGGAGCAUACGGUGUCUAACCUGGGAUGCAGAACGCAAGCUUCUUUUUUCUGGUGGCUUUGACCAGACCAUCAUUGUGUGGGACAUUGGAGGCAAGCAGGGCACUGCCUAUGAACUGCAGGGACACCACAACAAAGUGACGGCAUUGUGUUAUCAUAGUCCAGGAAAGACGCUUAUUUCAGCGGGCGAAGAUUCGAUGCUGGUUUUCUGGAAUAUGACAACCAAGAGGAUAGAGACUCCUGAGUGGGGAGAGAGCGACACGUGCCAACGGUGUUCUCGUCCGUUCUUCUGGAACAUCAAGGCAAUGGUGGACCAGAAAACGAUCGGGAUCCGACAGGUGAGCAAAAAGUGUUUUGCCUAUGGCCUCUUAUGAAAAACGCGGCUACUU